CUGUGGAGUUGGGUCUGAAUGAAGCUGCCGCGGGGAAGGGGCUGCUGGAGCCGCUGAGUGGGAAGGAGCCGCGUCCGCAGCCGCCCGGCCCGGGUGUCCGCGCGAGCGCUGUCAGGCAGCGCCGCCAUGUCCUACAACAAGAUCCCGCCGCGCUGGCUGCGCUGCCCCAGGAGGGGGCAGCCGGUGGCAGGGAAGUUUUUGCCUUUGAAGACAAUGUUAGGACCAAGAUAUGAUGAACAGGUUGCUGAAGAGAAUCGCUUCCAUCCCAGUAUGCUGUCCAACUAUUUAAAGAGUCUGAAGGUUAAAAUGGGUUUAUUGGUGGACUUAACGAACACCACUCGAUUCUAUGAUAGAAAUGAUAUAGAAAAAGAAGGGAUCAAAUAUAUAAAACUUCAGUGUAAAGGGCAUGGUGAGUGCCCUACACCUGAGAACACGGAAGCAUUUAUCCGCCUAUGUGAACAUUUUAGUGAUAAGAAUCCUUCAGAGCUUAUAGGUGUUCAUUGUACACAUGGGUUCAAUCGAACUGGUUUUCUUAUCUGUGCCUUUUUGGUUGAGAAGUUGGAUUGGAGUAUUGAAGCAGCAGUGGCUACUUUUGCCCAAGCCAGACCACCAGGUAUCUAUAAAGGGGACUAUUUAAAAGAACUAUUCCGUCGUUACGGAGAUGUAGAUGAUGCACCGCCACCACCUGAGCUUCCUGAAUGGUGCUUUGAUGAAGAUGAUGAAGAGGAGGAGGAGGAGGAGGAUGUUAAAACAGGAGGUCAAGAAUCAGAACCUGGGUCUUCAAGUUCCUCUUUUGGCAAAAGGAGAAAAGAACACCUAAAACUGGGUGCAAUUUUCUUGGAAGGAGUGACAGUUAAACGUGUAGCCCAAGUGACAACUCAACCAAAGUUAAGAGAAAUACAGCAAAAAUGUCAGCAAUUCUGUGGAUGGGAAGGGUCUGGAUUCCCUGGAGCACAGCCUAUUUCCAUGGACAAACAAAAUAUUAAACUUUUAGAGCAGAAGCCGUACAAAGUAAGCUGGAAAGCAGAUGGCACUCGAUAUAUGAUGAUGAUUGAUGGCAAGAAUGAAGUUCAUAUGAUUGACAGAGAUAACUCAGUGUUUCAUGUAUCUAACCUGGAGUUUCCAUUUCGUAAAGAUCUUCGCACACAUUUAACAAAUACUCUGUUGGAUGGGGAAAUGAUCAUUGACAAAGUAAACGGACAAGUCGUUCCUCGGUACUUGAUAUAUGACAUUAUUAAAUUCAAUGGACAGCCAGUUGGAGAAUGUGAUUUUAACAUUCGACUAGCAUGUAUAGAAAAAGAGAUUAUAUUUCCACGGCAUGAAAAGAUGAAGAAUGGUCUUAUUGACAAAGCACAGGAACCAUUCAGUGUUCGAAACAAACCAUUUUUUGACAUCCACGCUGCAAGAAAGCUUCUUGAAGGAAGUUUUGCCAGAGAAGUCAGUCAUGAAGUGGAUGGACUGAUUUUUCAGCCUACAGGCAAAUACAAGCCUGGUCGAUGUGAUGAUAUUUUGAAAUGGAAGCCACCCAGUCUGAAUUCUGUUGAUUUUCGUCUAAAGAUAACAAGAAUUGGUGGAGAAGGAUUACUUACCCAGAAUGUUGGUCUUCUUUAUGUUGGAAGUUUUGACAGACCUUUUGCACAAAUUAAGGUGACAAGAGAACUGAAACAGUAUGACAAUAAGAUUAUAGAGUGUAAAUUUGAGAACAACAGCUGGGUCUUCAUGAGGCAGAGAAUAGACAAAAGCUUUCCAAAUGCUUACAACACUGCCCUAGCUGUAUGUAACAGCAUCCAAAAUCCAGUCACAAAGGAAAUGUUGUUUGAGUUCAUUGAUAGGUGUACAGCAGCUUCUCAAGGACAGACGCAAAAACAUCACCUGGAUCCUGACGCUGAACUCAUGCCCCCACCUCCUCCCAAAAGACCACGCACCAUAACCUAAGGCCACAGUCUGAAUGAAUAGCAUGUUGUUUACAAAUCUGCAGAAGGUGAAAUGAAAAGGUGUGUGGAUUAAAAAACAUUUGCAAAAAAGUCAUUCUAUGCAUCCUGUAAAUAUCUAGAUGCAUUUUUUUCAAAUGCCACAUCAUGAACCGACACUCUUUUUGUAACUGGCAAAUUCAACCUUACUUUGUGGGAUUUGAAGAUUGAAAUAUCCAAAGGUUUAGACAAGAACAGUAUAGAAUCAGUGGAAAGCUGCCUUGUUUAUACAUGGAUAUCUUUCACCCUUAAUUUAUAAUGUUAGCAAUCUGGAACUGUGAGAAACCAUUGGAACACUGUACUUUUUAGAAUCUGUGGUUCAAUUAUAGUGGUGUUUCUUUUUCUUUCUUAUUAUUUAAUUAGUUCAGAUUUGUCACCCUUAGUAUAAUUUAUCUUAGUGUUCCUACAUUUCUGAGACUCAUGUUCAAGAACAAACAGCAAUGUUGUUUGUGCACUGUAUUGGUUUAAAAAAACCUUAUUAGGUUUACUAAUUUUAAAAUUAGCUGGGUUUUUUGUUAAAAUAUUAAAGAACUGAAUCUUUA